ACCUCUGCUCCGGGCUAAGGACGCGCCACUGCUGAAAGCCGCUGCUGAAGCAGUCAUGCCAAUGCUCCGCAGCACAGAACGCCGACUGGAAAAAGACCCAGCUAAGGCUAAAGUCUACGAAGCAGAGAUCCAAAAGCUCAUCAAUGGGGGGUGCGUUACCAAGCUCAGCAAAGAAGAGACGGAUAAGUCCAGUGAGUCAUGGUUUAUUCCCCAUCACCUCGUCCAUCACAACGGCAAGGAUCGCCUAGUCUUUGACUGCUCCUUCACCUACUGCGGCCUCUCCCUUAAUGAGCAACUCCUCCCAGGUCCAACCCUUGGACCAUCGCUCAUCGGGGUCCUCCUGCGAUUCCGGCAGUAUGCUGUCGCCAUCAGUGGAGAUAUCCGGGCAAUGUUCCAUCAGGUUCGGCUCCUGCCAGAGGACCGGCCAUUGCUGAGGUUCGCCUGGAGGAACCUGCGACGCGAAGAGCAACCUAACAUCUACCAGUGGCAAGUCUUGCCGUUCGGUACAACAAGCAGCCCAUGCUGUGCAACGUUUGCGCUGCAGAAGCACGUCAAAGACCACGCAGAGGGAAACGAAGACAUCCUGCAGUCCAUAGAGCAGUCUUUCUACGUGGACAACUGUCUCCAGAGCCUUUCAACACCCGAGUCUGCCAAGCUCCUCGUGGACAAGAUGCGGCAGUGUCUGGCCUCGGGAGGAUUCGAGAUCCGGCAGUGGGCAAGUAACUUCCCAUCUGUCGUCUCCCAUCUGCCUUCCACUGCCAGAUCAGAGAGCACAGAGCUAUGGUUAGCUGAGAAGAGCACCGACCCUCAGGAGCCGGCUCUGGGCCUACGGUGGCAUUGUCCGACCGAUCAACUUGGCUACAAGCCCAAGCCGAUGGAGAGCGAGAUUCCCACCAUGCGCCACGUGUACAAGGUGCUGGCCAGACAAUAUGAUCCUCUUGGAUUCAUCAUUCCCUACACAACGCGGGCCAAGGUUCUCGUCCAGAAACUGUGGGCGAAGAAGAGGAGCUGGGACGACCCAAACCUUCCUCCUGACAUCCUUGAGGCCUGGUCCAGCUGGGAGAGGGAACUUCCGGAGCUGGUAAAUAUCUCCCUACCGCGAACCUACGCACCACAGGACAUCGCCAAUGAUGCCACAAAGUAUACAAUGCAUGUCUUUUGUGAUGCCUCUGAACAGGCAUACGGUUCGGUAGUUUACCUCACAACGAAGAGUGACGACACUGUCCAUGUCUCAUUCGUUAUGGCAAGGUCUAGGGUGGCUCCGAAGCGCCAGCAGUCAAUGCCACGUCUAGAGCUCUGUGCAGCAUUGACAGGAGCCCAGCUGUCCUCCCUCGUUCAUCGAGAGCUCACCUUAAGCAUCACCCAGACCUUCCUUUGGACUGACUCCACCACCGUCUUAACCUGGUUGACAUCCGAGUCCUGCAGGUUCAAGGUCUUCGUUGGAACCAGAGUCUCAGAGAUUCAUGACCUGACGUCCUUGCACACCUGGCGGUAUGUGGACACGGCCAACAAUCCAGCCGACGAUCUCACCCGCGGCAAGACUUUGGUUGAGCUGGCGGCGCCAAAUCGGUGGAUUCAAGGGCCAUCGUUCCUCCGUGGUCCACCUAAAAAUUGGCCAUCGCUUCCCACCUCCACAGAGCCAGAAGAUGCUGCUGAGCUCAAGCACAGUAUCUUCUGCGGCCUCACACAGAUGAGUCUGGCACCUCAAACACCAGACGUCACACAGUUCGACAGCUGGACAGACCUGGUCAACGCCACCCAGCAGUUAUUUGAUGGGGCGGCGGCUGACCCAUCACUACCUCAACCGGACCUUCUUGACGCCGAAGCCCUCCUGCUGAAGGCUAGCCAAGCAGACUGCUUCCCAGGAGAGAUUAAGUGUCUCAGGGCCGGUAAACCAGUACUGCCCAGCAGUAAGCUCAGUACGCUUACACCGGAGAUGGAUCCAACAAUGGGUCUUAUCCGAGUCGGUGGACGCUUUCGUCGUAUGGACACGUCCUGUUCUACCGACAUCCACCCCAUAGUUCUCGAUCCCUGCCAUGCGGUAACAAGACUCCUUAUCAAGGACGUGGAUGCACGACUACUCCACCCAGGACCCGAUAGGGUCUUCGCCGAGAUCAGGCGCAAGUACUGGGUCCUCCGUGGGAGACAGGCUAUCAAGCACCAUCAGAGGACUUGUACGGAAUGCAGAAAAUGGAGAGGGCAGCCAGUGGUUCCAAUCAUGGCGGACCUACCCCCUGCCCGCCUGCGGAUCUUCAAGCCUCCGUUCUUCUCGACGGGAGUGGACUGCUUUGGACCAUACGUCAUCAAGGUCGGGCGGCGCAGGGAGAAACGAUGGGGUGUCAUAUUCAAAUGUCUCACCACUCGAUGUGUCCACUUAGAUCUGCUAAAUAGUAUCGACGCCGACGCCUUCCUCCUAGCAUUGAGGCGAUUCAUCGCACGUAGAGGCACCCCUUUCGAGGUUCUCUCUGAUCAGGGAACAAACUUCCGAGGUGCAGAGAGAGAGCUGAAGGAGGCGUUCGCUGCAAUGGAACCACAGCUACAAGAGAGACUUGCCAAGCAACGGAUCAAAUUCAAGUUCAACCCACCAGCGGCUCCCCACUUUGGUGGCGCCUGGGAGCGUGAGAUACAAUCCGUCAAGAAAGCCCUGCAGGUGGUGAUUGGUGCUCAGUCCCUCCAAGAAGAAGUCCUGCUCACAGUCUUAAUUGAGGUAGAAGGCAUCCUCAAUUCCAAGCCCUUAGGAUACGUGUCGUCAGACGUUGGGGAUCCGGAUCCUGUGACACCAAACAUGUUGCUGAUGGGGCGGCGGGACGCCUCCUUGCCACAAGUGUCCUACGCUCCGGACCCACUCACCAGGAGACGGUGGCGUCAUUGUCAAAUGAUGGUGGAUCACUUCUGGACACAAUUCAUCAGAAGCUACUUACCGUCUCUUCAGGUCCGCCAGAAGUGGCACCAACCUACCGAUGAUCUUCUCCAGGACACUGUCGUGAUGAUCGUCGAUCCUCAGCUGCCGCGUGCUCAUUGGCCCGUUGGGAAGGUGGUCAGGCUGAAUGCCAGUGCCGAUGGAUGCAUCCGGUCUGCUGAGGUCCAAGUGGGGGACAAGACUUACCUGCGACCAGUAGCACGCCUUGUCCGGCUGCCAGCUGUUCCGGACGACAACGCUGAUCCAGGGACUCCUGUAGCACCUUAGGGAAUUUAUUUUGUUUACAUAAUAGCCAUGCUAUUCAGGGGGCGGCUGUUGUAAAUUCCCUAUAGUUUGUAAUAUCGUAUCGUAUAAUAUAUAGCGUUAUUUCUAUUCAGGCACUUUGGGCAGCCCAGGUAGCGCCGUAGGGUCCUAGAGUUACGAGUUGUACGGGGCUGCGCCAGAGCUCGUUGCGCGCGACCGCUUAACACGCCAUGACAGAGAAUGCGUUCGUGAAGAAAAAACCAUUCCUACAUCAUUCAUUUAUUCAUACAUCUGUUCAUCCAUUCCGUCAUUCAUUCGGUUGCUUAUUGAAGCCAUCAUUGAUGUCAUUCGUCUGCAAGAGAUAUAAACAUCCUGAACUGUUCCCUGUGUAUGCGUCUACUCUCUGACCGGAGUUACCGUCCUGGAUAAAGUGAUCCAAGCAAACACACACAUACAUUCUACAAUAGUAGUACUCUUGCAAAGUUAUCUCGGAAGCAUGCGGACACGACGAUACGCGAACACAUGAACCCACCCGUGUCACCCAUAAUCACCCAUGUCCCGUCGCUUAGCAACCGGACACGCUGGGGUUGAUAAAUUACCGGACUACUGUAACUACUACGCAGUGAUAACAAAGACAUGAAUCAGGCAUAAAUCCACCGUCCUUGACAGCGGUCAAGUUUGGUGUGCGGAGUGGACCAAAUGCGAACUACUGCAGCUGCUCUAAGUGAAAGCCCAAACUAAUCGGAAUAAGUGUAUACAUGUCGAUUAUAGCGGACUACACCACCUCUUCUG